AUGAUAGGUUAGGAGGAAAUAAAAACACAGCCAGAAUAAGAAAAGAUGAUAUCACCUAAUAAUUAAUAAAGGUUGUCUAAUAACCAAGAAGUUAGAAACAGUGGGGAUUUAACAUCUUUGAAUAAAAAUGGAAUAAAUGCUCGUUAAAUUGACACUAAUUUUCCAGCAACUAACUGUUUAGCACCACCAACAUAAGAAGAUCAGAAACAUAAUGAUGGUUUAAGAAAGUUCUGGUGGGGCUCAGCAGGACCUUAGAACUAAGGGUUUUAAGAUGGAGGAAGAAGAACCAUUUCCAGCAUGGAUGGAAUAGCAUUUGAUAAUAUUAAAGAUAGUAUGUUUGAUUAGAAGAUUAUUGAUGCAAUUGAAAAGGAGUUGGAAUUGGAAGAUGAAGAGAACGGCAAUAUUUUUAAGGAUGAAGGAGUAACAAGGAAAAAGAUAGCAGAAAUCAAAAAUUUAUUAAAUGAAGAAGAAUUCAUCCUUGAUAAUCUUCUCAAAAUGACCAGAGAAAUGAGAGAUGUGCGUAAAAUUUAAGAUCUUAUUGAGGCUGUAUGCAGUGAUAUUUAUAAAAGAAAAACUGAUAAAAUAUUAAAGCUAGAUAGAAUACUGUGUCAAGAUGAUUAGUAGUUAAAACAAAUUUAGUAUUUAGAAAAGAAAAUUCGUAAAGCAGAGGUUGAGGUAAAAGCCUUUAAAAAAUUAGGUGAAAUUAAAACUUAAAGAUAGGCAGGAAGAUAUAAACCAAAUCCCCAGUAAAUAACUACUUUUUCAAUAGACGAUCAAAGUAGUGUUUAUGAUUGGAUUGUAGAUAUAGACCUUGUUACAUAGGUAUCUAAAGAAGGAUGGAAAAUUACUCUUAGCAAUUGCUUUUACAAAUUAUUUGGCCAUCUAUUUAGCAAAAACAAAGAGAUUUCAAGUACACAAGCAAAAGAUGAAAUUAUUCAAAACUAGAUGCUUGAAUUUAGAAUAAAAGAAGAAGAGGAAACAAAUGGAUAUAGUGAAUUGAAUAGAUAAAUUGUCCAAGGAAGCACUAAUAGUACCGAAUAAGUAACACAAUCUAAUUAUGGAGGAGCUAUGGUUGCUGUAGUUGGUCUCUAUGAUAAGGGUAAAACCUUCGUGCUUAAUAAUUUGACACUAUCAAAUCUACCUUCCGGAAAGAAAAUAACCACCAAAGGUAUUUCCUUCAAGCAUGUAAAUGUGGAUAGUGGUACAAAUCUGAUCUUAGUAGAUACUGCUGGUUCUUACUCACCAGUAAAGAUUAACAAUGAACUCUCUAUCAUUGAAAAAGAAGCAACUGAAGUAUUUAUUUCAGACUUAGUUUUUGAAAUAUCAGAUUACUUUAUUUGUGUUGUGAAUGAUUUUACAUCUCUUGAUCAAAGAUACCUUGAUAAAUUAUCUAGAAAUUUACAAAACUCACCCAAAAAGACAUUUAGAGAAAUAAUAGUAAUUCACAAUCUAAAAGAAGUAGAAAGCUCUGAAAUCCUUGAACAUGUAUGGUAAACUCAAGUUACCCAAAUUUACAACUCAGGCUCAAUAUAAAAAACUAAAGUUGCAGCUAGGUGCUCAGAAACAAACUAACUACUAGAAAAGCAUGUAGUAUGGUUCAAAACCCUCUAUACCAGACACAUUUGUUUAGCUAACGAUGAUUCAGAGCUUGGUAAAUAAGUCAAUCCAUGGGUAUUCUCUCUUCUAAGAUAUUGGCUCAAAGCUGUAUUUGUUCCUGUUGAAAGACCCGUUCCUGUGAUAGAUUAAUUGAUGAAAUUUUCAACUCUCUAGCUUUCUAAAUAUUUUAAAACUGGUGUUUCACUAUAGUUAGUUGAAACAGAUGAAUAAUUAGUUAAAUACAUUAGAACAAAAGACUAUCAAGAAUCUAAAUUCCGCAUACCUCAAAUGCAAAUUGAUAGUAGUGGAAUAGUAAUGACCCGUCCUGAUAAUUUUAUUCCAACUGUUGACAUUAUAGCAAAUGAGCAAUAUUAAAUUUGGAUGGACGUUCCCAGUCUAUCUAAGGAUGAUAUUAUUAUAUAUAGAUAGAAUGUUAUUACUAUAGUUAAAGGAACAAAGCGUAGGCCAUAUGAAGACGAUAAAAAAUUAGAUAGGAAUGAGAGAAGAUAUGGAGAUUUCACAUUAACUUUUAAAAUUCCAGAGAUCUAUGAAAGAAAAUGGUCAUCUUAUGAUGUAGAAAAUGGUGUACUCAAAAUUAUUUAUGAUAGAGAUUAAGAAGAAAACAAUACUAUUUGA